GCGGAGGGAGCGCAGGCAGCGGCGCGUCCGGGCUGGCGGCGGCGGGGGGGGGGACAUGGCGCUGUCCGUGCCGGUGAACGGCCUGAAGGAGGGCGACAAGGAGCCCGUCAUCGAGCUUUUCGUCAAGGCUGGCAGUGAUGGUGAAAGCAUAGGAAACUGUCCUUUUUCUCAGAGGCUGUUCAUGAUUCUUUGGCUGAAGGGAGUGGUGUUUAGUGUCACAACAGUUGACCUGAAGAGAAAACCAGCAGACCUUCAAAAUUUGGCUCCAGGUACUCACCCCCCCUUCAUAACUUACAAUGGUGAAGUGAGAACAGAUGUGAAUAAGAUUGAAGAGUUCCUGGAAGAUGUUUUGGCUCCACCCAAGUACCUAAAACUUUCACCAAAGCAUCCAGAAUCAAACACUGCUGGAAUGGAUAUAUUUGCCAAAUUUUCUGCAUUCAUCAAAAAUUCUAGACCAGAAGCUAAUGAAGCCUUAGAACGUGGCCUCUUGAAAACCCUUCAGAAACUGGAUGAGUAUCUGAACUCUCCUCUCCCUGAUGAGAUAGAUGAAAACAGCAUGGAGGAUGUCACGGUUUCUACCCGCAAGUUCUUGGAUGGCAAUGAGAUGACAUUAGCAGACUGCAACCUGCUCCCCAAGCUGCAUAUUGUCAAGGUGGUGGCCAAAAAAUACCGCAACUUUGAGAUCCCCAAGGAAAUGACAGGGAUCUGGAGGUACCUGACAAAUGCUUACAGCAGGGAUGAGUUCACCAACACCUGUCCUGGAGACAAAGAAAUUGAAAUAGCCUACAGUGAUGUAGCCAAGAGACUCACCAAGUAACCAGCACUUGCAAAAGACAUGACUUCUUGCAUAUUCCAUAACAAUGCUUCUAACAGACUGCUCUUUUCAUAUAAGAUAGCGAUUUUUUUUUGCAUGAACUUGCAGUUAUUCAAAGUUCUGGUGGAUAGACCAGGUACAGUAAUUACCUAAAGUUUGCAGACUUAAUUAUAGGCUUGUUUUUCCUUACCUCCUUUCACAGCAAGUUUGAAUACUAUUAACACAGUUAUGUUAAUAUUGCACUGGGGUAACUCUGGAUUCUUCAGUAUGAAGGGUUAUCUUGCCCCUGCUACUUUUCUUUGCAAACAUUUUGUCCCUGGAUACAAAUUGGUUUCAGAUACUGUCUUGCUAUGUGGUACAAGGAAUAUUUAUGUAUUUUGGGAUUUAUUGCUUUUCCAGAAGAUCUAGACACAAUUGUCAUUAUCUGUGACACACUGAACUGUACCUGCAUGUCUAUCCUAUUUACAUAGAGAAGGGAACUUAUUAUCCAAAAGAGCCAUUUGCAGAAUAUUUGGCAAUGUUUUUCAGAAAUUUCUCUUGUUUUUUUUUUUUAAAUAACAGCAGUGGUUGAGAAUGCACUCAGGUGUGAAACUUGGAUUUAAAUGACCUCAGAUAUCAGGGAAGUUUGAAUCUAGGCUUGAGUGCUGUAGCAGAAAGCUGGCAGUUCAGGGUUAGUAUUUGGUUGUGUCUUCAGGAGCUUGGUGAGAUAAAAAAAAACAACAAACACAAUUUUAAAAAGAAAUGUGCAGUCUAGAUUGUUCCCAAAUUCUGAGUUGCAGCAAAUGAAUAAUGGUCAGGAUGCCCUUUACCAUCAGGAAACCAGAAGAAUUGCCAUCUGUUCACCUUGACAAUUGCAAGUGGCUUUUUUUUUUUUCUUGGUAGUUCAGAGCCUUUAUUUUGUAUAGGUCUUUCUGGUGUUAUUUACUGACAAAACCUGUGCUGUCAUAAACAAAAGUACCUGUAAACAUGAGUGUCCUCCUUGGUAAAUAGCUCCUGUACUGGUGAAUAGCAGUGCAAUGAUUAGCCAUGCAAGCUGUUAAAGUGGGAGUUUCUGGGAACUUUUUUAAGCUAUUUUUUUCCUGAAGAAAGCUAAAGUGACCUUUAAAGAUAACAUUUGCCUUAAAUUAUAGUAUGCUUUUUUUUUUUCCUUGGAAGGAAAUCUAUUAAUUGAUCUUGUAAAUAAAUGGUGCAUGAAAUCCAGUCCUUUACAUUGAAUUUAUCCUGAUUUCUUGUCUGUGCACCUGGACUGCAAUUUUGCAUCAUCAUAAUCAUUGCACUACUAUACAUAAUCUUUCUACAGCAACACUGAGGAAUAGCACUACAAUUUUUUUAAUAGCAAUUUUCAAAUAUUUCUAAGCUGGGGAAUAGUUUUCUUGUUUAAAAGUAAUGGUUUUGAUGCAUGAAAUAAACUGCUAGGUUAUUUUUAAAAGACCAUCAUAAACGACUCCAAAGAAUGCUAGACUUAUAUGCCUAUUUUUUUGUAAAGAUACUUUUAUAUUUAACUGAUUUUAGAAGCUGGAACGUGCUAUUCCUGGUAGGUUGUUCUUGGAAUAUUUAACAUUCUGCAAUAACAUGGAAAUGCUCACAUAAACACUUUUAUACACUAAUUUUUUUGGUAAGCACUGGCUUUAUGAAAACCAGCCUGACUUUUCUAAGCAUCCUGCUUUUGCUACUUCAUAUACCCAUGAAGUUAGUUUGAGGUAGAGGACAAGAUCCAUAUUUGUAUACAUGGCUUGUGGUGCCUUGUCUUUUGGAGCUAGAAAUCCAAUAUUAAAGCAGUUUGCAAUCCUGUUACAUGUCAUUUGAAGACAACCAUAGAUACAGAUUAGACCCUAUUACUAUUUCUUGCAGGGGUGUUUAGGCACAGAAAGAAAAUUUCAGAGCAACCUGGUUAGGAAAAACUGAAUUGUAGCCUUUUAAUGACUUGUGUUUUAAUGUCACCUUCUCAUCCUGAAUAAAGUUUCUCAGCCACCAUAAUCCUGUAGGGUUUCAGUCUUUGCUACAAAGUGACAGCUAGAAAAAGGAAUGGCUUCCUUUUUUGUUAAUGAUAUUUUUGAUGACAUGUAGGGUAAAACCAACAAACCCCUCAUUGGUUUGGUGCUGUUUGCCAUUGUAGUUAGCCCUUUAGGAACAGUGUAGGGAGCAGGGUGAUGAUGAGCAUAGCUUUGUUAAGUUUUAACUCCAAGACUUAGAUCGGGAUGGCCCUUGGAGGUUGUCUGAGGUGGCAGUGAUGGGGCCUCACUCCUUUUAAAAGCAGAUGAGCCCUGGUGUGCUCACUGCAGGGCACCAGAGAUGGGCAGGAAAACACCCCCAUGCAGUUUUCUCCUCUGCACAUUGUCUGCAUGUCCAUGCACACAAACACCUUGCUAGACACCAGGCUUGUUGUCUUUCAGAGGUAAUAUAUUCCCUCUACUUUUUUAGGCAAUCUUCAAACCAUUGUAAUACAUUAUCUUCAGCACUAAGCAUUUUAAUGAUUGUGUCUGAAAGCUUGUAAGCAAAGUUAAAGCUCCUGCUGUAACUCGUGUAUUUCUUAUCUCAGUACAAGGUCAGAGCCUUUUCCCUUGUAGGUGUCAUUCAGAUGAGGACCAGGAUAGCAAUUCCUGAGGCUGUUCCUGUAGGAGAGCUGUUAACUGUCCUGGCUGGAAGGAGUUCUAGGCUUCCUGUUGCACAGUUUGGUGGUGGCAGAAGCUGGCCAGCCUCCUGCUGCCUUCAGGAAUCUGCUGGUGAGUGAGCAGCUUUCACCUCAGUAGGUGAUCCCUCCAACCCAGCAGCGUGGAGCUGGGGUGGUGUGUCAAAGGCUUUGCCUCUGCUGUGGGUAGAGCACUUUCAUCUGGCCCCAAUCACCAGCUCCACAUUAAUUAAAAAAAGCCCUUUCAUAACUAUGUAAAUUCUUGACUUCUGUCAACUUGUUUACAAUCUGAUCUUUAAAUGCAUUUUUAAUUUCAUCAAACAGCAAUUAAUCUACCCCCUGUUUAAAUUUAAAAUGAUGCUUCUAGCCCCUUCUACAAUUUAAAAACAGCAGCUACCCUUUCAAGUAGGCAUUCCAGUUUGCAAGUUGGUUGCAUGUAUUAGCAUGCUGAAUAACUUACUUUAUUCUCAAGCUGAAAUAUGCUUAAAUUCCCAUUAAAACAGGUGACUUGUGUAUUUCCUGAACAUAAAAAGAAAAUCCAUCAUCUUCACCCUGUUUUUGUGUGGGAGAACAGAUUAUACUAUGUGCAUGAUUAUUUUUUUUAAUCCUUAACAAAGCUUUCCUUCUUGAAGAGGUUCCUUAUGUGUAAGAGCUGCCUGUUGAACAAGAGGCAUGUGAGUUUUGAAACCAUUUCAUGCACUCCAGAGCUUUCCUGUCCAUCCCCUGUUCCCUGCUGCCCUGUGGAACUGUCCCACACAGACACUCACAGCCCUGUAGCUUGUAUUUUCCCAUAAAAUUGGUGUUUUUUCCACAGUGGGCAUGUCUAAACUGAUUGAGAGCUGUGUGCAGUUCUCUGAUAAGAAGAAAGAUCUAAUCAAGUUUUUAUGCUAAAGGAGCAAAUUAGCAUUUUGUAUCAAAGGAACACAGACAUGAAUAAAUUGAAGCUGCUCGAGCCAAACCCACUGAUGCCUAUCUCAGUGGAGAACAAAAAGUGGCUAAGUGCAGUCAACUCUUUUUUUUCCACUCUCUGCCACUCUUGAGUGCUCUCUGAACCCAUCCACUGAAUAUUUUCAGAAGAAGGCUUUUUUUAUCCCAAGUGAAAAAAAAUAUUUGAGCUGCCUCAGAACCUGUGCCACCAACUAUUACAUUUUGUUUCUGGAGGGGGUAGGGGGGAGGGGGAUGGGAUAAUUGUGGAGGAGAAUUAAGGUGUUGAGACUCCCAAGACAGGACAUCAAGAAUUGGAGCAUUGUUUGCAGAAAUACUUGAAGAGUUGAUACAAUUUAUUGUAGUUUGCUUAUGUCUUUCACUCUCUGGAACAUCUUUUACAGAUAUACCAGUAUACUGCUGGCAGCUAUUGUUAAAAAUAAAAUUAUAUUUUCACUACCAA